AUGGACGAGUCUGCGCCAACACCCCGUCCGACCGACGAGCAACACCAGCAAGCCAUGCAACGCGCUCAUUUCCAAUUCGCCCCCGACAGGCAUCCUGACCAUCGCUACAGCAGUCAACCCAAGGCUUUUCUUUCAGAAGAAGAUGUAGAGACCGGUCCCUUAUCGCACGUGGUGGCCGGUCUCCUCAGCUGUCUACUGCUUGUCAUCAUCGGCCACCUACGCGACUUCUUCCGACAGUAUCUUUGUCGCGGGGGUCACCACCUCAAGACGCAGAACGGCUACGCCCCAAUCAUCAGCGUCUCCGAGAGCUUCUACAUGCGCCGGUUGAACAUGCGCGGGGUCGACUGCGCGAUGCGACCAACCACCGGGGUGCCCGGGCGCAAAAUCGUCCUCCUCGAUCGUGGCAGUCAUGAUAGGAACCGGUCCUUCUUCCUGACGGGGACGCGGACAGAGGCCCUGAACCUCAGCUCGUACAAUUAUCUGGGGUUUGCCCAGUCCGAUGGGCCCUGCGCCGACGCGGUCGAGGACAGCAUCCAUCGCCUCGGGACCAGUGCGGCCAGUAGCUCCCCCGCCGUGACCUGCGCCCUGCAACUCGAGGUCGAGCAGGUGCUGGCCCGGUUUGUGGGCAAAGAGGCAUCCAUCAUCUUCUCUAUGGGGUUCAGCACCAACACCAGCGUGCUGCCGUCCCUGGUAGGCCCGCGCAGUUUGAUCCUCUCCGACGAGCUGAACCAUGCAUCGAUUCGGAUGGGGGCCCGCCUCUCCGGGGCUUCGACCGCGAUUUUCAAGCACAAUGACAUGCACGCCCUGGAGAAACAACUCCGAACGGCCAUAGCCGAGGGCCAGCCGUCGACUCGCCAUCCCUGGGAGAAGAUCUUGGUGGUGGUGGAAGGGCUCUAUUCUAUGGAGGGCACCGUGUGCAAUCUCCCCGCCAUCCUUGCCCUGAAACGGCGGUACCGAUUCUAUCUCUUUAUCGACGAAGCCCAUUCAAUCGGGGCUUUAGGUGGACGCGGACGGGGUGUCUGUGACUACCUUGGGGUUGACCCAGCCGAAGUGGACGUCUUGAUGGGGACAUUGACCAAGUCCUUCGGGGCCACGGGGGGUUAUGUCGCCGCCACGCACGAACUGAUCCACCAACUCCGCGCCACCAACCCGGUUCUGACAUACGGGGAGCCUCCUUCUCCUGCGGUGCUCGCACAGAUCUCGACAGCACUGCGGAUGAUCAGUGGCGAGGGGCUGGUCCCAGGGCACGGGGCGGAGCGCCUUCAACAGCUGGCCUUCAACUCCCGUUAUCUACGCCUGGGGCUGAGACGACUGGGGUUUAUCAUCUAUGGCCACGACGAAUCCCCCAUUGUGCCCCUGCUGGUCAUCAACCCGGCCAAGCUGGCCGUGUUGUCGCGGCUGAUGCUGGAGCGCAAGAUCGCGGUGGUGGUCAUCGCGGUCCCCGCCGUGCCCCUGGCGCUGUGCCGGGCUCGCCUAUGCGUAUCGGCCGCCCACUCGCUGGCAGAUCUGAACCAGACGCUGGCGGCCUUGGACGAAAUUGGGGAUGUAUUGAAAAUCAAGAUGUCGAGCACCCCCGCGACAGGCGCCUUAAUCCCGCCGCAAACCAGAGGCAGAAGCUGGCGAGAAUCACGGAGCCCACCACGGUGGCCCUUGAGCGAGGUGAUCAAAUACGGGGUUCAGGAUGCCAAAAGACCUUUCUAG